AUGAUCAUCACGCCUACAUUUGCAGAGAUGGAGGACACGGCACGCGCCGUCAUCCUCUGUCUGAAGAAGUGUCCUGACCUUGCCAACACCAAGAUAGCCAUCAUCGGAGGCGCUGCGGUCUGCAGAUACAUCCCUGAGCGCCAGCCAAGCGAUGAUCCAGAGGACGUCGACUUCAUGAUCACCAUUCCCAACCCUGACGUCGUGAACCGAAGACUCCUGCAGACCUACGAGUCCCUGCGGCAAAGCAUCAAAGUCGACUUCAGCACCAACUGCCGCCUGCCAUAUAUCCCAGCAGCAGCAACCAUCAUUCGAGAAGUCGAUAUAGACUGUCUCCCGUACAUCGGUCCAACCGACCUCCUGGUGCUGGCCAUCCGUCUGUGCGGCCAGCGCAACGAAGGAUACUCCAACAUCGACCGUGAUUCAGCCGAUGCCGUUGCCCUGGCUGAGACCGUCAUCAAGCAAGGGCCCAUCGUCCUGUCUCCCAUCCAGCGACAGGUCGUGCGUGAAGAGCUGGCUGAGGUCGUCCACUGGGGUCCAAAGGAUGAAGAGUGGUGGAGAGACGUGUUGGCCGAUGCCUUGAGUAGCGGCGGCAAGGACAAGUAG